AUGAUCGGUCCUGGUCAGAUCCUGAUCCCAAUCCUUACCACCGUUAUCUCCAACCACCCCCGAGACCAUCCUCCCCCCGAGCGACCACAGCUCCCUUCUAUAUUCCACCGCAGUUACGCACACGCCGGCCCCCCUUUCUUAUUCCUGCGAUUCACAAGAACUGAUGAAUAUGAGCACCAUGGCGAGGCAGAAGUCCCGCAGGAGCAGCAUAUCGCUGAACACGAGUAUGUCGAAGGGGGGCAUCGUGUUCAGUACUCCGAGAGCCAUGGUCAGCAUUUGGACCACCAGCUACGAAUUCAGGAGCAGGUAUCCAUGUGGGAUGCCCCUUCAGGAGAGCAUCCCGUCCGGCCGCCCAUGGGCCGCGAGCGUCUCUGGGAAAUCUUGAAGCCGUUCAAGCCAUCCGAGCAGAUCUACGUCAUGGGAUUGAACCGGGUCGGCCGGUACAUCACCCACGCCUUGGCCGGCUGCCAAACCAUCCCACCUCCGCGCUACAUCCUGCACGAGCAGCAUCUGCGCGAGCAAUGGGAGCUCAGCCAUCGCCGUAUAGUUCUGCACCGUGGGCCCGAAACGAUCAUACGCGACCGUAUCAUCGCCGAGAACACCUGGCGAGGCGUUCGACAACGCCGCGACCCGAUCGAGAACCUCGUGGUGACCGUCCCCGCUGGGCAAGUCCUGCAAGCACUCAAGACAAUCCGCCAUCGUCUCGACCACCGCUCGACCAUCCUCCUCAUUAACGACGGCCUCGGCGUCGCCGAGGACUUGAUCAAUGCCUACUUCCCCGACGAACUGACCCGCCCCAUCUUCCUCUUGGGCUACUCCUCCACAGCCCUAGCCCACACCGACCACCUCUACUCCGUCGCCGAGGUCCACCCGGGCCGGCUCUACCUCACCCUUUGGCAGCAACCGCCCGACCCGAACCUCCCCUUCCGCCUGCGCCGCCACCCCCCGCUGGAACGCACUGUCCGAGGCACGCACUUCCUGCGUCUGCUGACCGCCAUGCCGGGCCUCAGCGCUGGCGGGUUCCCUCUGUCCUCGUUCUAUAAGCACAAGCUGCCUGCGACCGCCUUCCGCGCGAUUGUCGACCCGCUGGCCGCGAUGCUGGACUGUAAUUAUGAGAAGUUGGCGCAGAACCGGUCUGCGCUGGCGCUCAUGGAUCGGCUGAUCGGCGAGGUGGCGAGUGUAAUUGCUCGGUUGCCCGAGUGUACGGAUAGGGAGAGGCAGGCGAGACAGGUGACGGGGAUUGCGAGUAGCUUGAGGAAAGAGGUGCUGUUGAAGUUGAGACUGAUGAGGUCGGCUGAUAGUCCGAUGAGGAGUCGGUUAAGUAGGGGAUAUGAUACUGAUUUGGAUUAUACGGUUGGGUAUUUUGUUCGGAGGGGGAGAGAACUGAGGGUAGAUGUUUCGGGGCUGGAGGCGGUCAUGUUUGCGGCGAAAGCGAAGUUGGUGGAGACGAAGAAGGAGAGGGAGGAUGAAGUACCGCUGGUGCUGCCGCUGCCGGAGUAG